GGGAGGAGCUGCAGACAGGGAAGUGGAAGUGAUGAAGCCAGACUCCAUUUUACACUUCGACAGAGCACGAGCAACAGGUGUUACUGGUGUAUCUGUCAGACUGGAGAAGAUGAGUGAUUCAAAAGAUGAGAAGGAGGACACAUCUUCAGUCCCCAGCUCUCUGUCUCUGAAGAGUGACCGGUCUACAGACAGACUUCUGGACUUCAGGGAUCAACCUGGACCCUCAGAAACAAAAGGGACGAGGAACACAUCCAGAACAAGAGCUGGAGUGCAGAGAGCCAGUGAGACCAGCACUGUACAAACAGAUAGUGGUCUGCAGGAGGUUUUAGAUGAACAUCGGAUCAGUCUGAGGAGGAGAUGUGAACAUGUGACUGAAGGAACUGAUACAAGUGAAACCCUCCUCAACAGCAUCUUCACUGAGCUCUACAUCACACAAGGCCUGAGUGAAGAGGUUAAUACCCAACAUGAGGUGAGGCAGCUGGAGACAGCUUCCCAGAAGAAGCCCCUCCAUGACACUCCAAUCAAGUGCCAGGACAUCUUUAAAGCCUUACCUGACCAACCUCUCAUCAGAGCGGUCCUGACCAACGGAGUCGCUGGAGUUGGAAAAACCUUCUCAGUGCAGAAGUUCACUCUGGACUGGGCCGAGGGUUUGGAAAACCAAGAUGUCAGUCUGGUGAUCCCGCUCUCCUUCAGGGAGCUGAACCUGAUCAAAGGUGAGCAGUACAGUCUUCUCAGGCUGCUCCAUGUUUUCCAUCCAACCUUACAGAAGGUCACAGCAGAGCAGCUGGCUGUCUGCAAAGUGCUGCUCAUCUUUGACGGCCUGGAUGAAAGCAGACUUUCUCUGGACUUCAGAAACAAUGAGGUUGUGUCUGAUGUCUCUCAGCAGUCCUCAGUCAACGUGCUGCUGACAAACCUCAUCAGGGGGAAGCUGCUUCCCUCGGCUCUCGUCUGGAUAACUUCCCGACCUGCAGCGUCCAAUCAGAUCCCUCCUGAGUGUGUGGACAGGGUAACAGAAGUACGAGGCUUCACUGACGACCAGAAGGAGGAGUACUUCAGGAGGAGAUCGAGUGAUGAAGAGCUGUCCAGCAGAAUCAUCUCUCACAUCAAGAGCUCCAGGAGUCUCCACAUCAUGUGUCUGAUCCCAGUCUUCUGCUGGAUCACUGCUGCAGUUCUGGACCACAUGUUGACUACAGACCAGAGAGGACAGCUGCCCAAGACCCUCACUGACAUGUACUCCCACUUCCUGCUGGUCCUGACAAAGAGGAAGAAGCAGAAGUAUGGUGAGGGACAUGAGACGAGUCCACAGAAGCUGACGAAGGCUGACAGGGAGGUUCUUCUGAAGCUGGGGAGGCUGGCGUUUGAACAUCUGGAGAAAGGAGACAUCAUGUUCUACCAAGAAGACCUGGAGCGCUGUGGUCUUGAUGUCACUGAGGCCUUGGUGCACUCAGGAGUUUGUACACAGAUCUUCAAAAGUGAGAGAGUGAUCUUCCAGAAAACAGUCUACUGCUUUGUUCAUCUGAGCAUUCAGGAGUUCCUGGCUGCAGUCUACAUGCUGCACUGUUACACCAACAGGAACACAGAGGUUCUGAAGGACUUCCUGCAGGGAGACUAUAGCAACAGGUAUAACAGUGAUCAGGAUUACCCAUCCCUGGAUGUCUUCCUGGAGGGAGCCAUGAAGAAAUCCCUCAGAAGUGAAAAUGGCCACCUGGACCUGUUUGUCCGCUUUCUCCACGGCCUCUCUUUGGAGUCCAACCAGAGACUCUUAGGAGGCCUGCUGGGUCGCACAGACAACCGUCCAGAAACCAUCCAGAGAGCCAUCAACAACCUGAAGAAGAUGCACAGUGAUGAAAUCUCUCUUGACAGGAGCAUCAACAUCUUCCACUGUCUGACAGAGAUGAAGGACCACUCAGUCCAUCAGGAGAUCACAGAGUUCCUGAAGUCAGAGAACCCAUCAGAGACCUACUUGUCUUCUCUGGCCUACAUGCUGCAGAUGUCAGAGGAGGUUCUGGAUGAGUUGGACCACGAGAAGUACGGAACAUUAGAGGAGGGACGACAGAGAGUGAUUCCAGAUUUGAUGAACUGCAGCGAGGCUGUAUUUCCUAACUGUGGAAUCUCAGACUCUGACUGUGAAGUCGUGGCCUCCGCUCUGAAGUGCGACCCCUCCCACCUGAGAAAGCUGGACCUGAGAGCCAACAAGCUGCAGGAUUCAGGAGUGGAGAUGCUGAGUUCUGGACUAAAGAGUCCAAACUGUAAACUGGAGAUUCUCAGUCUGAGGCGCUGCAGGUUGUCAGAGAUCAGCUGUUCUGCUCUGAUCUCAGCUCUGAAGUCCAACCCUUCACAUCUGAGAGCUCUGGACCUGAGUCACAACAAGCUGCAGGAUUCAGGAGUGGAGCUGCUGAGAGAUCUUCUGGAGAGACCAGACUGCAGACUGGAGGCUCUCGGUCUGGAGGGCUGCAGUUUGUCAGAGAUCAGCUGUUCUGCUCUGAUCUCAGCUCUGAAGUCCAACCCAUCACAUCUGAGAGAUCUGGACCUGAGUCUCAACGCUCUGCAGGAUUCAGGAGUGGAGCUGCUGAGAGAUCUUCUGGAGAGUCCAGACUGCAGACUGGAGGAUCUCAGACUGAGGCGCUGCAGGUUGUCAGAGAUCAGCUGUUCUGCUCUGGCCUCAGCUCUGAAGUCCAACCCCUCCUACCUGAGAGAUCUGGACCUGAGAGAGAACAAGCUGCAGGAUUCAGGAGUGGAGCUGCUGAGAGAUCUUCUGGAGAGUCCAGACUGCAGACUGGAGACUCUCAGGAUCAAUGACGAGACAAUCAGAGCCAAGAUACAGAAGAACUGUGACUCCGAUGUGGAACAGGAAGUGAAGACAGACAGAAAGGCUCCUGAAUCCUUCUCACCUGAACACACAACUGAGUCUUCAUACAGGUUCAGGUGUCCUGGUCCAGGUAUGUUCCAGUGUGCUUCGACUGGCCUGGUGUUCGUCAUGGCUCAGGAGGCGGAGCUUCUGUACAGGGCGGCCACUUGGGAUGAGAGCCUCCUCCAAUCAGCUGGCAAGCAGGCAGCAGGGCCGCUGUUCGACGUGAAGAGUUCUGAUGAAGCUGCCGUCUGCCAGCUCCACCUGCCACACAGCGAGACAGAGGAUGCGCUGCUCCUGGACGGCCUGUUGUCUGUCGUCCACAUCACUGAUGAAGGCCUGAGCAUCUUGGAGCCGCUGGAGGUCACACACACUCACGUGGUGGUGAAGGUGCUUCACCUCUCUUCCUUUGGCCUUAUCAUCGAUAAAUUGAGAAGGCUUCUAAAGUGGCGAAUAAAGGGAAAAAUUCUGCUGUUCCUACGACCCCCGGGCCGAGUGGAACAAAUACUGGAUGUGUUUCUGCUGCAGAACAACGUCCUUGAGGAGGAGGUUGUUAAACACAGACGUGCUCUGCCUGUGAACAUCCCAAUCUCCUCCGACUGUGAGCUGGACAUUGAUCACAGUUACAGUGUGCACUGUGAACCUGAGGGCUUCUUCAUUCAGCCUCAGAGUAAAACAUUUGAUUCCAGGUUUGGACCAAACUACUACCCGGCAUUUCUAGUUUCCCUGACGACGAGCACAGAGAGAGUGGUUUUGAAGGUCAAGGACCAAGGUGGAAAUGUAGUCUGGUAUUGUCGCGUGUCACUGGAAGUUCCAAGGAAUGAAUUGUCCCAGAGAAAUGUCCCAGCAGAGAGCAGAGUCCGAGCAGAGAGCAGAGUCCCAGCAGAGAGCAGAGUCCCAGCAGAGAGCAGAGUCCCAGCAGAGAGCAGAGUCCCAGCAGAGAGCAGAGUCCCAGCAGAGAGCAGAGACUCAGCAGAGAGCAGAGACUCUGCAGACCAGUGGCUGUUCUCAGUUCGGACAGAGUUCAUUCGAAGAGUGACUCCAACUCUCCUGAUCGACCUUCUGGAUAAACUCUUUGAGUCUGGAGUGAUCACCGAAUCUGAAAUGACGUCGGCCAGAGCAAAACCCCAAAAUGACGGAGCACGAGAGAUGGUGGACGCUGUGCGAAAUAAAGGAGCUGAAGCCAGCAGGGUUCUGAUCAAUGCUCUCCGUGAGCUGGACCCGUAUCUUUACAGAAAGCUCAACUUGAGCUGAGGAAAAACCUUGUGGAGUGUGUGUGACAGUUGAAGUCUAGUCCUCUGUUUUGUUACCUGUACAUUUUCCCCCUUGUCCUUGAAGGUAACACAGAUUCUGAGCGAAGGCCACUUUCCUUCUCUCUUUUCUCCUGGACUCCCUCCUGAGAGUAGCAACCCGUAUUUUUUUUCAAGUAAAUGUUUACUUUAUUACAUACAAUACUUUAAUUUACCAGCAUCCAUUGCAUCCUUUCACAUUUUUGUCAGGCAUAGGAGCCGGGUUAUGACAAAAAUAAGGGCUUGUUGUUAUUUUACCAAUUGGUACUGACUUCUGGGUAAGAUUUGGGAUUUUGGGGCAUUUGGUACCUAGGCAUGUGAUUUGGAGUUUUAUUUGUGUUGUAUUAUCAAACUGCAAAAACCUGUACCUGUUUGUGCUGGUGAAUGUAAAUAUAAUAUACUUAGGUAGUGAAUUAAACCCAGUGGUGUUCAGUAACUAAGUACAUUUACUCAAAUACUGUACUUAAGUACAAUUCUGAAGUACUUAUACUUUACUUGAGUAACUCAAUAUUUUUGCUACUUUGUACUUCUACCCAGUGGCGGCUGGCCCAUAGGGGGCGAUAGGGCGCCGCCCUCCCUAAACCCAAGCCCCCAGGAAGUGCUCCGGACUCUCAAAAUGGGUUGUGUCCAAACGGCGGUACUGCAACAUCCGUAUCAGUCCGUGACGUCACCCGGCCCAA